AUGUUCUCAUUUGAAUUAAUUCUUCAUGGCCUUAAAUUAUCCCUCAAAGGUUUUAUUGAAAAACAUCUUCCCAUCGAAUCCAAGUAUGAGAUUGUUACUUCUUUUAUUGAGUUUUUAAACUCAACGAACGAUAGAAUUAUCAAUGAAAGAAAAGGUGAAUUACUUGAAUAUUUCAUUCAUCAAUUUCUUGAAAAAAACGGAAUCAUUUCCUUCAUUAAUAAAACACUUGUUUAUCUUAAUGGAAACAUUGACCUUCAUGGUCAAUAUAAACUUUUAAUUUUUUUGAUUCAGAGUAAUGCAACGUCUGUAGGUUUUCUCGUUUCAAAUGUUGAAUUGGGUGAUAAUGCUAGAUUAGAAUUAGAAAAUUCUCCUAUUAAGGAACGUAUCU